AUGCGCGUUGCUCCCGCUCUUGCAGCCUUCUUGGCGCUCCUCCCGCCUGCGUGGGGUAGAAUCAAAUACUUGGGCGUCGCUAUACCGGGCCUUGAUUUCGGCUGUGAGAUUUACGGCUCAUGUCCGCCAGGCGAGAGGAUAUUUCCUCUGACAGAGAUGGGUGGCAGUGAUGGCGAGGGUCAGAUGCAGCAUUGGGUUGGAAAUGCGGACAUGAACACAUUUAGGCUUCCGGUGCCGUGGCAGUAUCUUGUCAACGAUCAACUAGGGGCAAAGAUGGACGAGACCAAUUUCAACAACUACAACAAGCUGAUGAAAGCAUGCCUAGACACCGGCUCAUACUGCAUGAUCGACAUUCACAACUUUGCUCGUUGGAACGGUGGCAUCGUUGGCCAAGGAGGACCCGACGAUGAGGACUUUGUCGACAUCUGGGCUCAGCUGGCAAAGAAGUAUGCCAACAAUGACAAGGUGAUGUUCGGCAUCAUGAACGAACCUCACGAUUUGGACAUUGUCCGGUGGGCACAGACCUGUCAGAAGGUCGUGACAGGCAUCCGCAAGGCCGGCGCCGAGUCGCAGAUCAUCUUGCUCCCGGGCACCAAUUUCGCAAGUGCCGAGACUUUUGUGUCGAGUGGCAGCGCGAGACUGCUGGCCAAGAUCUCAAACCCGGAUGGCAGCAAGGAUGGUCUGAUUCUCGAUCUACACAAGUACCUGGACAUCAACAACUCGGGGACACACGUGGAGUGCACCACAGAUAACGUCGCAGGGUUCAAGACCAUCGGAGAUUGGCUGAGGAAGAACAAGCGCCAGGCCAUCAUCUCCGAGACGGGCGCGUCCCUGGAUCCCACGUGCAUCGAGAAGUUCUGUACCCAGAACGAGUACAUUGCCAAGAACACGGACGUCUUUAUCGGCUUCGUCGGCUGGGGCGCAGGCAGCUUCGGCUUCAGAUAUGUCAUGAGCCUCACGCCCUCUGGAGAAUCUGGCAAUUUUAAGGACAAUGAACUCAUGACCGAGUGUAUCAUCAAGCCAUUUGUUGAAGAGGCGCCGAAGCCCACACACACCGAGGAGCAGACGUCGACGGAAACCGCAUCCGAGACGAAGACGAGUGAUAGCAAUGGGAGAACCGACAGCAAUGAGAGCACCGACAGCACCGUCAGCACUGAGAGCACUGGGCCCUCUGCUACCACAAGCACGACAAAGAAGAUCCUAAAAGAGACAUCUUCUGGAUUGAAUGAAGGCUCUUUGGAAACCUCUGCUGCCAACGAGGAGUCGGACGACGAAGACGACAAUGUCGACGAUGACGAUUCAGCCGCAAGGCCCAACUUCGAGUCUCCGGCUAUGGGAGCGACUUUCGCGAUCAUAAUGCCCUUUCUCAUCGGCAUGUGA